AUGACCUCAGUCUCCGAUCCGCGUUCACUUCUGGGUCUUUCUCCCUUCGUGGCACCCUUGCUGGAGUAUCUUGAGCAACUAACACGAUUGGCGAAAGCCGAUCAAGUACCUGCGCCAGAGGUCAAAUCUUAUUCUGAUGCCCUCUAUCAUAACUAUUAUACUUUGGGCAUAAGUUUAAUGUUUGUGGCCAACGACGGCUCGAAAUCCAUCAAGAACAUCGAUGCACGAAGCGAGAAACUAGCGCUCGAUAGUAUAGACAUCUACAAUCCUGAGAUAGACGACGAGAAGAAAGAUUCUAAAAUGCCGAGCACGGGUUUGAGUGCCCAGACCUACUCAAUAUAUCCUGGCUUGCCCCUCGUACUUUCGCUUCCACCAUCGACGGACGAGCAGAAGGCGAGGCAGGAGGAGAUCACACUAUCCGCAUUGUCGACCGGAAAGGAUAUCGUGGGUGCUCUGGGUGAACCUGACAGAAAGGGAGGCGGAGCAGGCCCGUCAUCCGGAUCGAUUGGCAUCUGGUGCGAGUGGGCGAAGGAUGGAAUUAUGGUCGAGUUCGGAGGACCAAAUGCUACAGGACCGCAGGCUUGGGAACGAGGGAAAGAGGCGAAAUGGAAGGUUUUGACAUUAUUCUGGAGGAAAACAUAG